GUUUGAUUACGAAGUUUCUAGCGACUGGGAUUUUUUGCGUGAACGUUUCCAACUUGAGAAGCUCUUCGAUUUGAUUCUAAUUUCUUCAAUUUCUCUGGUUCUUGAACGAAUCAAACAAUUUCGCACAAGCUUCGUUGAUAAUCAAUCAUUCAUCAUUCCAUUUCAAGAGAUCUGGUAACUAUCAUCAUCACCUUGCUGAGCUUGAGCCUCAGAAAUGUCUUCUCCAGCAGAAUAUUACAAGACACUUCCUCCUAUAAGCAAGGCCUUCGGAACCUUGUGCUUUGCAUUCACUGUAGCAUGUCAGAUUCAAUUGAUCAUCCCUGAACAUAUUGCCCUAUUGUAUGGACGUGCCUUUUAUCGGUUGGAGUUAUGGAGGUUGCUGACAAACUUCUUUUUCCUCGGCCCAUUCUCUGUCAAUUUUGGGAUUCGUCUCUUGAUGAUAGCAAGAUACGGAGUUCAACUCGAGAGUGGACCAUUUCAGAGACGUACUGCAGAUUUCAUGUGGAUGAUGAUAUUCGGAUCGUUCACACUACUGGCAUUGUCUGCAAUCCCUUGGUUAUGGACACCAUUCUUGGGAGUGUCACUAGUCUUCAUGCUUCUCUAUGUCUGGAGCAGAGAAUACCCAAAUGCCAAUAUCAGCCUAUAUGGUCUUGUGACUCUCAAGGCAUUUUAUUUACCAUGGGCCAUGCUUGCUAUGGAUGUGAUUUUCGGUUCUAAGAUUCUUCCAGAUCUACUGGGAAUUCUUGCAGGCCAUCUGUACUACUUCUUGACUGUUUUGCAUCCACUGGCCGGUGGAAAGAACAUGCUAAGGACUCCUCUUUUGAUUCAUAAGGUAGUGUCUAGGUGGAGAAUUGGAGUUCCUCCUCCAAGAAGUGAAACCUCGAAUGAGAGGAGUGCAGGCGUUGCCUUCAGAGGAAGAUCGUAUCGAGUUGGGGCUAACUAAUAUAUACACUCUGCAUCGAGAUAAAUGGUUUGUUACCAUUAUGAUUAUUUAUCGAAGGUAAGAUCCUACAGCAGAUUCAGCAGGCUCGAUCUUUUUUAUGGACAUGUUGCAUAUUAUGAACUGAACUUAGUUGUUUUUUUAUUCGUUGUAUUCACUUCUUACAUGUUAGGAUUAUGAUUUAUACUGAAACCAACUUCACAUUUUCGGACCUUAUUGUUAAACAUUGAUGGUGUUUGGAACAUUUCAUAUUUGUAUAGAAUAACAUCUUAAAUUUUGCUGAAUUUCGAAAAGAAAUUUUGGAAUCGGAAAACUUUAUAUUUUCUUGA